AGGUCGGAGAUCUGAACAGACAUGUGAUGUCACAGACUUGGGGAGCAGGUGGGAGCUGUACUCUGUAUCAUCUCGAUAUCGUGGGUAGAAAGAAGGAAUUCCAGCUGGGAUUCAACUGCUGCUAGAACAACACACUCCCUUGGAGGCGGACAGUGUGUGUGUAUGUGUUUGUGUCUGAAGGUGGACUCAAAGGGCGGAGGUCAUUCUCCCCCCGGGCGCUGCUGACCGACCGACUGACCGCUCCGAGUGAGUGGUGCUCUCCAAGCAGCAGGAGCUGCAGCCUUCCACAAAGCCAGGAGGAGCAAGGGAGUCAAGGCGGUGAAGGAGGACAGAGCCGGCAGAGAGAGAAGGAGCUUCAGAAAGAGGAAGCAGGAGCAAGAGCAAAAAGGAGUUGCUUACAAGGAAGAGGAAGAAACUCCUCAUAACCGACUGACCGAUGCUUGCCUUUCUUCUCCUCUCCUCCUCUCCUAUCCUCGAUUCUUCUCUCCUCUAAUGUCCUGGCAGAAGACACAGCAAGAGCCUUAGACAGUAGGCGAAAGGAGUAAGAGCAGACAGAGGUGGGAAAGGAGGAAGGGAGGGGAGGAGGAGAAACUCCUCAUGACCAACUGACCGCUCCGCUCCACUGUGUUCCAGUUAUUGGCAGAAGCGACCGCCUCAGACGGAGGUAAAGAAGUGAAAGGAAGGGAAGAGAAGCGGCGAGAAGAGGAGAAGGCAGAGGAGGAGGAGAAAUUAUAACUCUGGGGAUCUUCUCCUCUGCCCCCGCGAAGCUGCUGGACGGAACCCCCAGCGCAUGUGGAAGGGCAUUCAGGGGCCGUGGCGGGUGGGGAGGAGGGCUGCUAAACUGAUGCUGGUGCGGUCGGUUAGUGCUGCCGUCACCCCUGCUGCUGUGGCUGACACUGCCGGAGGAGACCUAUUCACCCCCACAAUGGCUGGGUACAAUGAAAAUCCCCUUUAUUGAUUAGGAUGAACCAGAUUCUCCAAAUGACUCGUUCCCUGAGUAGACACAUUUGAAAGAGGAACCAUGGAUCUGGAUAACUUUCAAAACAAUACUCUAAAUGGGAACAUCUCAGAGGCCCACACCGUUCCGCCCAGUUUAUGGGAGGUCAUCACCAUUGCAACUGUAUCAGCAGUGGUGAGCCUUAUAACAGUUGUGGGCAACAUCCUUGUGAUGGUAUCCUUCAAAGUCAACAGCCAGCUGAAAACUGUAAACAACUACUAUCUACUGAGUUUGGCCUUUGCAGACCUCAUCAUUGGAGUAUUCUCAAUGAACCUGUACACCUCAUACAUACUCAUGGGCACCUGGACCUUAGGGAAUGUAGCCUGUGACCUCUGGUUAGCCCUGGACUAUGUGGCCAGCAAUGCAUCUGUAAUGAAUCUGCUGGUGAUUAGCUUUGACAGGUACUUUUCGAUCACAAGGCCACUGACAUACAGGGCGAAGAGAACACCGAAACGUGCCGGCAUCAUGAUUGGCAUGGCGUGGCUGGUGUCAUUUGUCUUGUGGGCACCGCCGAUUCUGUGCUGGCAAUACUUUGUGGGAGAGCGGACGGUUCCAUCCGACCAGUGCCAAAUCCAGUUCUUCAAGGAACCUGUCAUCACUUUUGGAACUGCCAUAGCGGCUUUCUACAUUCCAGUGUCAGUCAUGACCAUUCUGUACUGCAGAAUAUACAAGGAGACAGAGAAGCGCACCAAGGACCUGGCCGAGCUUCAAGGACUCACGUCGUCGGGCAACCCUGACAUUUCCAAACCCCAGCGGACCAUGAUGAAAUCUUGCUUUGGCUUUGAUAAGGACAGGGAAAGGACGCAGGCGUCAUGGUCAUCGUCAAACCAAAGCAAUGUCACCAUGACCACAGUACGAUCAGGUGAAAUGUGGAUCAAAAGUGAGCAGGCCCCGUCCUUCAACAGCUACUCGUCAUCGGAGGACGAGGAGAGGCCAGUGUCCAUGUCGGCCUCGCAAGACUCCCGCAGAGGUCACGUGCCAGGCGCAAACGAGAAUGGGCAGAUGGCAGAGUAUGACGAAGACUGCUACUUCAGCCCCUCUCCAAGACGUAGCUCCCAGAAAGGCAGCAAGAGGUGCAUCUCCUACAAGUUCAAGCCCCUCCCUCAGGAAGUGGGUCCCAAGCCGGUCAGCGAAACGGCCAGCAGCCAACAGACACCCAAGCUCACGUGCCCUUCCUCCGACACACAGCUGGCCCUCUCCCCCUCCUCUCCCACCGCCACCGCCGCCAGUCCAAUGGACCCCAACCUGAAGAGCCAGAUCACCAAGAGAAAGAGGCUGGUGCUGAUCAAGGAGAAGAAGGCAGCCCAGACGCUCAGUGCCAUCCUGCUGGCCUUCAUCCUCACCUGGACGCCCUACAACAUCAUGGUGCUCAUCUCCACCUUCUGCUCCGACUGCAUUCCCGUCUCACUCUGGCACCUGGGCUACUGGCUGUGCUACGUCAACAGCACGGUCAACCCCAUGUGCUACGCCCUGUGCAACAAGACCUUCCAGAAGACCUUCAAGAUGCUCCUGCUGUGCAAGUGGAGGAAGAACAGAGGCGAGGAGAAGCUGUACUGGUGCGGUCAAAAUCCUGCCAUUAACAGCAAAGUGACAUAGACAUGAGAGAAGUAAUGGACCAUAAAAGCAUUGAUUCAACUGUAAACUGUGCGUUCAGAUAGGCUCCCCUAACCUACAGGUGUAGAAUUAACCUACAGAGAGAGAGCCUGUGUGGAUUCUGGUCAUUUUCACUCAAAAGUACCUCGCAAAUGACAAGAAAGAUUUGUCUGGUUUACAAUGGCAUUUGCAGAAUCCACUGAAAGCUUUUGAGCUUGUAUGAAGAGGCAGGCUGUUUAGAGAUUUAUCCAAUUGUAGCACAAAUUUGAAUAUAGUUUGUGUCUGAAAAUUCUCAUGAAUUAUUGUAAAUACAGUUCAUUACUAAUACUAUGUAUGAUAUGUGCGUGUUUCUUUUCAUAUGAAUGAUCAGGUUCUUUCAUUUAUGUGUUUUCGAGAUUUGUUGUGUUGUAUUUAAGGGCUAUCCAGCAUGUGACAGAUAAACUUGGUAAAAUACUUGGUAUGGCACUACAAGUCUGUUAUGUGAUCCAUGUCAUGUUUAUGAAUUAACAUAUUGAAUCAAUUCACAGGUCACCAAAACCAAAACUCUCACCACUUAACUUGACAUACAGUACCGGUACAUUAUUUGAUACUCAUGUGCUUUUUGAUAAUUGUGCGUUUUUGUUCAAAACCUCAUUCUUGUCAUCCAAGACAAACACAAAGUUGUACUUGUGAAUGUUUUUGUUUUCCUAGGAUAUUGUUAUACCCCCUGGGAGAUUUGCCAUAGAUAUUGAUUUGAAAUCUAGUUUUAAUUAACAUUGCCUACAGGGCACAUUUAGUAUUACUAUUUAGGUUUUAAAAGCUUUUUUGGAAUGCACCCCUAUUGAGUGGUUGGCCUGUAUUUAAUAAAACAAGUACUCCAUCCAUUCUUGAAAUCUAAGUCGUGUGCUGCACUGUAUUGUGGAAAUGUGUGUGAAGCAACACUGUUAAUAGCAAGCCAAUUGUUGA